AUAUUCACGGAAGAAUCCAGAUUUGUCGGUUUUUGGCACAUCAAUCGCACUAAAAUACAUUCUCACGAUAUGAAAUAAAUAUUAUUUAGCUUUCAAAAUUUUUUUUACCGGUGAAGAAUGCGGAGGAGUGGCUCCAAGAAUGGUGUAAAUUUUUCUUCCAAAUUAAGAUCGAUUUGUUAGCAAUACCUCUUAAAUUUUUGUUAUAAAGAUUUUCUGUGAGAAUGUGUGACCUCAUCUGGCUAUUACGUCUAUAUGAGAUUGGCAAAAGAGUGAGGGAAUUACUCACAAAUACACUCAGAGAAAUUACUUUGGCUCCAUUCUUCAGUUUAUUUUCAACCGUCAGUGUGAAAAGUUGAGCACACGCGAGGCUCUCAGCUUUAGACGCAUUAUUGAAUGACCUUUCACUGAGUAAUAGAGUGAUUCUUCCCAGAGGAUUCAGUGGAUAAGAAUACAGAAGGAGAAGUGGGGGAUAUCCUCCGGUGAUUUAGUGGUUAUUUCGCGGGAGAUUUCUCAACAAAUCCCCGCCAAAACGGCACCAUAGCGAAGACGCGCUUUUAAGAUAUUGAAGCGUGACGAGUGUACAAUUGAAUUAGCAUACUCUCAGCCUUGAAAAUUGUGUGUGAUUCUAGUGGAAAAAUCAGGAAAAAGAAGUGUGCGUGAGGAAAAGUGUGUAAGGUGGAUUUUUCCUCAAUUUACCAUCUCAUAUUCAUCAAUCGUGGAAACGUUGUUCCAGAAGCCACCACGUACGCAGAGAAAGUGCCUGAAGCAAAAGUAUUUUGAAGAGCCCACAAAAAAUGCCCAGGACAAUGUCAUCUGAGUCAAAGAGACUCUUGAAAACACUCAGCAUUGCUAUUCUACUCCUAUCACUUGCUGUCGCCGGAGACGCCAGGAAGACACCUGGUAGCUCGAGAAGAACUGGCUCAAGCAGUUCAAGUAGAUCUAGACCGACUUACACUCAACCAUCACGCUCUUCAAAUUCCCAUGCCGAUCAGGCUAAACUCAGCUACCCAUCGUACAAUCAGCAGCCAAAUCGGCCUCAACCCCAACCUUCAGCCCCAGUAGCUCAUCCAGCUCCUGCUCAACCGUCUCAGAAUAUCGGUUGGAAUACAAAUACCCAACAAGGGAAUACAGCAGGUGGCAGCAAUAGGCCCAUCGGAUGGAAUGUGGAUCAACCAGCACAGAAGCAGAAUAUUGCUCCUGCAAAUUCAGCCAAUCCACCACCCUACUCAGCAGUACAGAACCAUGGUCCACCUCCUCCAUACUCAGCCCAGGCUCAACCAAACCCAGCCACUGGAUAUCAUGCCCCACCACCGUACAGCCCUCAGGCAGGAGCACCCAAUCAACCUCAUUAUGCAGGGGCUCCUCCACCGUAUCAGCAACAUCCAGGAGGAUUUCCUCAACAAGGUGCCCCUCCAGCUGGUGGCUAUCCACAUCAACCGGGUUAUGGUCAGCCUGGCUAUGGUCAGCCUGGCUAUGGCCAACCUGGAUACGGUCAACCCGGUUAUGGUCAACCUGGAUAUGGUCAAUCUGGCUAUCCUCAGCAAGGCUAUCCCGGUCAACCUGGCCAACCUGUUGUAAAUAACUACUAUGGAAACCAAGGAUCAUCCGGUAGUUCAGGAUGGCAAACGGCAGCUUUAGCUGGGGUUGGUGGUCUUGCUCUGUACGGUGCACUCAAACCUAGUGAACACAACACCAUCGUCAUCAAUAAUGGAACACAAGCUCCUGCUCCUGCUGCUCCGGGUGAAGCUCCGGCAAAUGGAACAGUUCCAGCAGCUCCUGUUAACGGAGCUCCACCAGUAAAUGUGUCUGAUCCAGCCUACACGGCUCCUUUGGCACCUUAUCCAGGAGGAAUCGAUUGUACUCCCUAUUGGAAUCAGAUGAAUCAGAUGAACCAGAUGAAUCAGAUGAAUCAAACGAAUCAGAUGAAUCAGAACUCGACGUCAACGUCUACGUCAAUGUCCACUGCAGCUCCUACUACAACUGGCGAAAUGUCGACAACUGAGGGAGUCACAGCCACAACAGAAGUGGUAAAUUGUACGGGGGACAACUGCACAACGACAACUGUUGCCACAGAACUUCCAACAACAACUCCAGUUCCUCUGGCUAUUCCUCCAGAGUGCAUGUAUCCUCAGCAGCAUCAGAUGGUCAAUGGUGCUCCUAUUCCUCCAUGGACGGCAACCUACAAUCCUCAAGCUCCUGGACAGCCUCCUUACCAAGCUCCCGCAGAUCCAUAUAAUCAUCCCCCGCCCCCAGCUUCGUCAUUCCAGAACCAACCUAUCCAAACACAGCAAACCCAACAAUCCCAACCUGUUAGUUCAUCAGUGUCUAAGACUUUCUCUAGCGCUCUCAUAACCACAGUCACAAUUUUUGCUGGUAUACUCAUCCAAAUAUAAUCCAAGGAAGCAGUAAACUCAAAUACAAAGAGUCUGAAUUCAUCCAAAGGCCCACACGUGAUCCAAAAUUUGAUCUGAAAUUUAUUAAAGUGUCUUAUCUUGGAAUUACUAAAUUUGCCACUGCAAGGUGAAGGCACUGUGAGUGACUUAGUGUACACUUUAAAAAGAGCUGUUAAACUUUUAUGAGAAGUACAGAAUUUAGUUUAUAGAUAUUUGUGAAAACUACUUUUUUUUUUUAAAAAGCUGUGCAAAAACUGUAUUUGACAUGUAUAUUAUAUGAUUGUCUCAAAAUAUUCAAGUAUCUGAGUGAAUAAAAACAGCCUUUCCAACAA